AUGCAAGCGGUCAGUCGAUGGGCUAAAACAAUCGUGUCGAAUUUAGCUUCAGUUUCAUUUGACAUUAAUAAUCGUAUAUCUCAUAUUAAACGACAAUUAUCUACUGCUAUUAUUCGUUAUCCAUCUUUACCGUUAUUAAAACCGACACUGAAAACUGCAAAUCUUUUCCCUAUACAGCAAGUUGAUAUGCCACGUUCUCAACAAACGCAAGAUCGAAAACGAACAGGUUAUAUUCGAUCAGGACCAACCGAUGAAUUACAAAUAAAUAAUACGUGUAUGCAAAAUAUAACUAUUAAACAUGUUAAACAUCCAACAGAACAAUCAUCUGUUGUGGUUUUUCUAAAACGUUUGUCAUCAUUUUGUUUUGGAUUAUUUAUUUCUAUUCCAUGUGUUAUUUUAAUAACACUUUUUUUGCCAAUAUCAUGGCUGAUAAGAGCAUUUACACGAUUUACUUGUCGGUAUCAUUGUACAGUUACACCAUGUACAUGUAGUUAUUUAUCUUCUACUGAUUUAUUUUGGUUCUAUAAUAGUAAUAUUUCAAGAAUUAGAAAUAAAGAUGAAGAAACAACGAAAUUAAAUUCUCAGACUAGUGAUCCAAUGGCAGCAGCUAUAUUUUUUCUUGAGGGACCUGUGAACGAAAAUUCUUUGAAAAAAAUUUUAAUGAAUCGUCUUAUAACAAAUAAUUUUCGCCGUGGUUCAAAUGUUGGACGUAAAUUAUUUCCUCGUUUUUCACAAUUAAUUUAUUCACAUUUCUCUGGUACGAUGUGGAUUGAUUAUGCAGCUUUUUCUAUUGAUGAACAUGUUCGUGAAAUACCACGAAAUAUACAAACCGAUGAAGAUCUUCAAACUUAUAUAUCAGCACUUAUGUCAGCUGAACUAUCGUUUACUCGACCAUUAUGGCAAUUACAUUAUAAAAAUCGUUCAUCAUUGCAUCCAAGUGACAGUAUACUUUUGUUUCUCUAUCAUCCUGUUUUAUCUGAUGGUAUAUCAUUAAUACGUAUAUUAUUAAAGCAUAUUGUUGAUAAUCGUACAACACAACUUGAUUUAAAACCACGUUUUGCUGGUAGACGUAGUGAACAUAUAUUCGAUUAUAUAAAAGCAUAUUUUUUUGGACAUACGCUACUAUUUAAUAAAUUAAUCUUUAACUCUUACAGAGAUAAUAUUUUAAAACGAAUUCUAUAUAAAAAUAAUAAUAUAAAUACAACAGAUACAACAAAUCUGCAUUUAUCUACUCAACAACAACGAUUAGUUGUUUGGUCAACACCAUUUAGUUUAACACAAGCUAGUCGAAUGAAACUUGUAACAAGAACACGUAUGAAUGAUCUUCUUUCGACAUUGGUGAUUUCUUGUGUAAAAUUAUAUAUGGAAAAACAUAAUUUACCCUAUUCAUCGAAUAUUAAUUGUGUUAUACCAUGUGAUCUUCGUUCUAAUUCUCCUAAUAUCGCUAUGGGAAAUCGUAUAGCUCAUUUAUCUCUUGAAUUGCCAAUGAAUGUCGAAGGAAAUAUUCCACUUUUAUGGUCAUUUAAUGAUAAUACAAAACGUGUUAAACGAAAUGGAGAUUAUGCUACGAUGUAUUUGUUUACACAUUUGACUUACUUUCUGUUUCCUCUCUGUAUUGCUAAUAGGAUAAUGGCUCGUAUUUAUGAUAAUGCUAGUUUAUGGUUGACAACACUAGCUACUGGUAGUAGUACAACAUUAGCAACAAUGUCGAUAUGUAACCGAGAUGUUCGAAGUGUAAUAUGUCUUAAUCCAAGUAUUAGUACUCAUAGUAUUAAUUUUUGUGUAACAUCCUAUGCUGAUGAAAUUCGUCUUACUGUUAUUGUUGAUCCAAAUCUUAUACCUGAUGCACAAUUUUUUACUAAAUGUUUCAAUGAACAAUUAUAUGUCAUUCAAGAACUUCUUGCACAUCGUCGAAUCCCAGGUGAAAUACGUCGAAUGACACGACCACCAAGAUUUCCUCUGCCGAAACGAAGUAUUAGUAGUGCAUCUGAUAUGUCAGAUGACUUAUCAAUUGAAGAAAUUCAAGCAAAAAUGGCAACAUUACAACAAGAAUUACUUUCAUUAAAAAGUCAAUUUGAAAAUCUUGAUAUGAACGAUUCAUCAAGUCAAAAUGAUCGUUUACUAAUUACAACAAAACUCGAAGAACUACGCCGAGAAUUUCGUGAAUUACUCAUUAAAUUGCAAGAACGACAAUGUGAAUUAUCUGGUAUGAUACCGAGUGAUGAAGAAGAUGAAAUGGAUCCACAUGUGCGUGUACGUUUGCGAUCAGCAAGUGUUGCAUCGAGAAUUUCAUUGAAAUCUAAUGAACAAAGACCAAUGUCAGGAAGACUUUUUCAAUUUGAUAAAGAUGAUGGAAGUGAAUAUAGUGCUAGCGUUGUACACUGUGCAGCACCAAACUCUAUAUCAUCAUCGAAAAUAAGUUUUCAAGAACAGCAACAGCAAACAAAUGAUCAACAACAAGCUGGCAUGCGUCGUGCACAAUCUGUUAGUAUCUGUGAAAAUACUCGCGUCGUAAUGCAACGUCAAUCAUCAUUAAAUCGAGCUCGACCGACGCCACCAGCAAGAACAUUUACUACCGCAACAACAAAUGCUACUGUUGUUCAUUUUAAUUCAAGUGAAAAUUGUAAAAAUUAA